GUGCACCAUGGUCAAAACAGUAGGACAGCGAUAGCGUACAGACACCCUGCCUGCAACGGGACACCGUCUUUUUCUCGAGGAUAUUUUUACCGUUUUCCCCGAAAAACGACGGACUUUCAGCAGGAUUUUUAGCCUCAUAGGAGCCCAAUGUGGGUGAAAGUGAGAUGGCAUCCAGGGAGAAAAGACCCUUAGCGCCUUCUAAAUCAAAGCAGAAGGCGAGUGAAUCUAGUAUAUCAUCAUCAUCAUCAUCAUCUCCCGAUAGUAAAACGAAAAAAGGAGGAAAAACACUGCCAAACUUGAGACAACAAAUUGCACGCGAUAUUCUAGAAGCAGUGGCAACAGGUAGCCAACUCCCACCAAAGUUAGAAGCUAGUUUGCCUCGUAAAAAAGCGCUCGAGAAGCUCAAGCGUAAUCAGAAACUUCGAUCGAAAGUAACUCUGAUUAAAGCGAAGCAAAAAGUUGUGCCCAUUAAAACUGCGAGAAGAAUUAACAACACCGAGACGAAGAAAACAGUGAAACCAAGAAAGGUGAAACAAUCAUCGACAAGUGCUGAAGCUAAAGUUAAUGAAACUGGAGUGAAAGGUGGUACAGAAAAUUUAAAUGUAAAAACAACUGACAACGAGGGAAAAGGAACUGAGACGGCGAAUGUUAAAAGUGCCAAGAUUAUUACUAAAACUGUAAAGAAGAGUAAAUCAACUAAAAUUCCAGGUGACAGCGAGACUGGUGAAUCGCAAGAUAAAGAAACAAGUAAAGUGAAUCAAAAAAUCAGUAAGCGACAGUCAGACUCACCGAAAAAUAGUGGCAAAGCAGUGAGAAAAAUUGGCAAGAAAUGUUUUGCCAAUAAAGAAUUUGGUGAUUCAUCACUUUUGAAAAAUACCGAUAAAAAAACCUUUUCUGAGGACAAAAGUUCUAUUGAUUUAACUAUUGAUGAGGUAAUUGCUUCAAUGUUGAGUGAUCCUGAAUUUGAAGAAUCCGAAGAAAAAGAAGAAAUCAAAGCAACAACCACUAAAAAUAAGAAUAUGCUAGUGGGUGAAAGAUCAUCAUCAUCAUUUUGUGACAUUGAAAUUAAAAAGGAAAUAGACUGUGAAGAUGAUACGGAAGGAAGGAGCGAAGAAUCGUCAGGAAUCGAACAAAUUAUUCAAAUGCAAAAUCCAAUUCAGACGAGGAGAAAAAUUACAACACCAAGUCAAAGAAGUUUACGAAAUGGAAAGCUUCGACAAUUAUCAGACUCUGGAAUAUCGAUGGACAUUGAGAUGAAGCUGAGGGGAAGACUCAAUUCUACUAAUGAUCAUUCUUUGGAACAAGAUAAUACUUCCGAUGGGAUGAUCGACACUGAAUCCUGUUUUUCCGAAUCGAGUGUUAAUGAAUCUCGAAUUAAUGUUCUUUCGAGUAAAGACAAUAAUUUAUCCGUGACUAAAGAAGAGAAAAUUAGUCAUCUUGAUGAAGUUAUUCAAUUUGUUUCAGAAAUUGAAAAUAAUAAUAAUGGCGAUCAGGUGGAGAGUAUUGUUGAAGUUGGUCCAACGUUGAGAUCAAAAGUGAAAACUCGAAAUAGUGACGAAAUGCAAAUUGACGAUGUGAAAAAUGAAGAUUCAAAGGCAGAUGUAAAAAUGAUGGAAUCUGUUGUUGAAGAUUCAAAGAAAUCCUUGAAUCUUGAUAUUUUAAAGAAAGAAAGAAUUUUUACGAAAAUUGCCGAUACACCGAGAAGUCGAAGAAACAGUUUAAAUACCGAUGUAAAGAAAAUAAAUCCAUUCGCCUUUAGCUCUGAGAAAAAUGAUGGUUCAUCAAAAUCGCAAAUUGAUCAAAUGAUCGAGAGUAUUAAAUUAACAAUUGCUAAAUCAAUUGAGAGUAAAAUUUACGGUCAAGAAAAGGGAAAAGCUUUCGAAGGUUUAAGCAAAAGUUUCGAUGUGCCAAAAAUUGAAGAAGUUGUCGCUCCAUUGAACACGGAAGUUCAAAAAAUUGGAUUAGAAGAACGAAACGAAGAGGAAAUGCCCAAUAUAUCCGAGCAGAAGAUAAAAUCAGACAAUUCGGAAAAUUCAGUGCCGAAAGUAGCCGAUACAGCCAAAGAAAUUGAGAAACUAGUCAUGGGUGAAAAUCAAUUGAUCGAUUCUCAAUCGCAAAAGAAGAAUAUCGACAUGAAUACUAUCCAAGAUUUAGUUCAUCAAACGACGAGUAAAGCAUCGCAAGAAAAUUUAACAAUUACGCAAUCCAACAAUGAUGGGGCAAUUUCGAAAAAUUCACGUGAAAUAAUUGAAAUAGAGGAAAAUCUUAAUUCUGACAAUUUAAAGAAACCGGGGAGAAGUAAAGCUACUGAAGAAUUAUCUUCUGAGAAAAUAGACUGUAUAGUUGAGGGAAUGUUAAAAAAUGAAUCUUUACAAAUUGAGGAUAAUUUAAUGGACACUUCAAGUUUGACAGCCGAUUCGGAAACAAGUAUUGUUUUAAAUAUUUCUUCAUUAACCGAUGAAGAGGAAAAUUUAGAAAGCAUUUCUAUAAAAGUUGAAUCUGACAAUGUUGUCAGUAUGACAAAAGUUCCUUCAACAGAAAUUCAAAUUUCUGAACAGAAAAAUGAAGCGAAUUCCAAGGCCGUUUCUUGUCCUAAAACUCAGAGCGAUUCUAUUUCAUUAAACAAUGAGCAAGAACCAAGUGAAAAAGAACAUGUACAUAAUAAAAAUAAUCAUUUAUUGACUGAUGGCUGUGAUAAUGUUACUGCAACUAGUGCACAAACAAAAUUGACACACUCAUCUUCUGAGACUGAGAAAUUAGUGGCACCGAACAACGAUAGUUCCUUGAAUGUUAGUAAUAAAGAAUCAUCAUCAUUAUCAUCAUCUGAGAGUCUACAAAAAGAAGAUCCAAACAAUUCAAAAGAGGAGGAUCUAAAGAUCGUCGAGGACAAAAAAAGGGUUUUACGAGGACGAGAAAAGCAAAAGAAAGUAGAUUCCAAAUUUUCAAAUCAAUCCAACGAUAAUGUGGAUACAAAAAUAAAAGAUGAAGAAAAAAGUGAGAUGGAAACAACUCAAAGUAAUGGAAAUAUAUUAUCGGAAGUUCAAACUACUCAAUCUUUGAAUAAAGCUCAAAAUAUCACUAAAGACGAAGUAAUUUGUUCAGAAGUUCCAGUUCGAACAAGACGUACACGAGAGAGUAAAAAAACAGUUACAAAUAAUACAAAUCUCAAGCCCAAACGAAAUAAUAAAAAAGAAGUGAAAAAAUUCGAUCAACAAAAUAAAGAAGAAACAUUACUUGACAAUGAGGUUGCUAAAAUUAAUGAAAAUAAACUUCAAAAUAAAUAUCGAAAAUCAAUGGAAGAAUCUAAAACACCACGUGGAUGUUCAGUACCUUCGACAAAUAAAAAUCAAACAAUUAAAAUUCAAGACAAUACAUCAAAUAAUCGAAGUAAAUCGGAAAAUGAUUUAGAAAAUAUGCAAAAUUCACAGAGAAGUAGUACAACAAGUAAUGGAGAAAGUUUUAUACCAAAGGAUUCCAAUAAUGAAAAUUCUACAUUGGACGAUGAGAAAAGUACGAAAACACUUGACAAUAUGCAAAAAGAUUCUGAUGAGGCAUCAACAUCGGGCGAAUCAUCGAGUAGUAUAAUACAAGAAACUCCAGAAGAAAAAGCGAGAAAAGAAACUGUUUUUCGUUUAUUGGGACUUGAAUCGUGGGAAAAAGCUGCUGAACGUUUAAAUCAUCAGAAAGCUAAGAGGGAGCAAAUAUCAGGAAGUUUGAAAAUGAGAAUUCCAAAAGGACGUGAUAAGGAUAAAAUGAGAUCUCGAUCACCGUUGAAGAUGGUCUUGAAGCAGGGACGCGCUGACGGUGAAGGGGAUUCACCCGAGUUUUACACCAUUCAAAAGGAGUGUGGAACCAGUGUGGGAGAAAGCAGUUCUGGUGCGAACCGAAAGUUGACUACUAACCACAGACACUCUUGCGAUGAAGACAAUGAUGAAUCACAAUCAAAGGAUCGUCAAUCUUUGGUAAUACCAGAGAAAUCCUCAUCAUUUUCUAUUCAUCCUGGUCGCUGUUGUGGCGAUGUUUGUUGCUAUUGCUUUGGGAAAUUUGGCUCGUUAGAUACACCAAUGCAUUUGGCGCAAAUGAAAUCAGAUGAAAGACGGCAAAAGAUAUUGAAUCUUGAAAGACAUCUGACGAAAGAUUCUUGUCUGUGCGAUGCUUGUUAUCGUCAUAUUGACAGAAAGGCGAAUCAGAGUCCAACAAAUAUACAAACGAAACCACAAAAACAACAUAGACAAUAUUUGGUACCAAAAUGCUGUGCACGUGGCUGUGUAGAACCCGCGAGGCAUCAUGUCAGACGUCGUUGGCUUCAAAAAGUUAAAGUUGGUCUUCGAAGUGAGGUGGACAUUAAUUGGGAAUCGAAUCAACUCACUUCAAUGUCAUUUUGCGUAAAUCAUUAUCCCAAAGUCGCAAAGUUCCUAAAUUGUGGCCUGUGUAAGCGACGCCUUCAAAAAAAUCAAUCUUUCCCUCUCAAUUCUCAGGAAACGAUUGAAUUGAAUCGACGAUUUAUACCUCAAGGAAUGGAUAUUCCCACAACUGCCGGUACUUUUGUUUGCAAACUCUGCCGAUGCUUUACUUCCCUUCAGCUUAAAUACAAAGAUAUCGACAAUAUGCAUAAAACCAAUAGAGAAUUCUGCAAAAAAUACAAAGCAAAAAUUUUAAGUAGUCGUCUCUCAGGAGGAAUGGAUAACGAGAUGGAUGAUAUGCCAACUAAUCAAGAAUCAAAAGACAAAGACAAGGAGAAACAAAAGAAAGUCAAGAGUCCAACACAAACGAAAAACAGUGCAUUGAAUUCAAAAUCAUCGAAUAAUGCCAGUAAUUUGACAAAUCCUAGUUUGGAAAAAUUAGUUGCCAAAACAAAUAAACAAGAUGAGGAGGAAGAAAGUCCAUCGCCAAUAACUGUGAUUGAAAGAAGUGAACAAUCAGCUAAAAGUGACAUUAAAAAUGCGAGUACAAGUAAUUCCAAUGAGUCGACAUCAUCAAUACGAAAUGAUGUACAAUUUGUUGCGAUUGAAAAGACUAUUGAGAAAUUGAAGAAACGUAAAGCAUUGGAGGCACUUAGUUUUACAAGUACAAAUACUAGUGAGUCUAGUGAGGGUGCAAAUGUUGUUGAAAUUCUCGCUAUGGAUAAGGAAGUUACAUUAACGAGACUGCCAAAGAAGAUGAGAACGAGCAAUGAUAUUACACCAGUUGUACAAAGACUUGGCGCAAAUCCAUCAAUAAGUGUACGAACACUUUUCCCAGGCGAAGAGGAAAUGAAUCUUCAUGCCAACAUUGAAUUUGGAAAUGUUAGGGAAGUUACGCCUCAAGGUUGGGAAAAGUGUGCAACUAUGAUACAAUAUGAUCGUGAUACAAAAUUACUUUGGCAGGAAUUACAAAGGCCUUAUGGUAAUCAAAGUUCCUUCCUGAGACAUUUGAUUCUGUUGGAGAAAUACUAUAGAUCUGGAGAUUUAGUUCUCGCUCCAAAUGCUUCGCGAAAUGCAAUUAACUAUUCGACUUCGGUGCACAAUCGUUUGAUCUCGUAUGAGGGCCCGGAGAAAGUGGAUGAACCGAUUAUGGAACCGGUGACAAUUGACUAUACGAAUGCAAGGAGAUUAAGUGGAGGAUUCGUAGUUGAAAGGGAUCGUGUACCACCUACGAAUACAACAACGUCUUUCCUCACUACCAGUACACCAAAUCUUCCCAGCACUUCGCAAACUUUCAAGACGAAUUCACCACGAACAAUGAAAAUAAAUCCUGGGGUGUCAAUAAUGAAAAAACCACCGACUCUUCAACGACUGAGUUUUCCGUCAACCAGCGGAAGUGGAAGUUCUAUCACUCCAACGAAACGAAAAGAUCCUCAGAAAUCACCAAUGCAAUAUCGUCGAGGUAAGGUUUUUGAAAUGAGUGAAACUGAAUAUAAACGAUUAUUAAAUUAUAAACAACAAAAGCAACAAACAUUGUCCGAAAAGAAUUCGCGUCAAUUGAAUAAUGGUCCAGUAGGUGGUGGUAAUACUGCAAAUAGUCCACUACCGGGUCUAAAGCCAGUGUCACAAAAUCAAAAAGCCCAUUUUGUCCCACAAACACAAUUUCAAAAGCAUUUAAGAAUGCAACAAGAAAUGUUAAAUCGACAGAGUCGUAGUGAUUUUGAACCACUUGUUUGUGACAUGAGACAACUCUCAAAUGAAAAUACACCGACGCAAAAUUUCCUCGGCAAUUUAAAUCUACCAAAAUCAAUUCAAGUAACAACAAAACCAUCAAUUCCGAUUCCAAUAUUGCCGAAAAUUCCAAAGUCCUUAACCGUGAUACCACAAACAGUCCCGAGAUCUGCCGAAAAGUGAGAAUUUUAUCGAGAAAGAGAGAGAGAAAAAAAAAUACAUUUUUUUUUCUUUUUUUUCCAAAUAAAAAAUGAUAAAUAAUAAAAUAAAGUCGGACGUAAUUUUUCGGCUAAGCCUUUUUCUGUCACUGCGUGCUACAAGCUGCCUCUUGUAUAAUAAGUAAUCUACUUCUGCCGUUUGCUCCAAAACUCAAAAAAAAGAAAAAAAAAAAAAACUUAAAAUUUCUCAUGAUUUAACAACUAUAAUGCAUACUAUAUAGUUAUAUAGAUGAGCAUAUAGUAAUCAUGAGGGAUAAUAAAAACAGGAGUGGAACUAUUAUACCGAUAUAAGUUUGUAACCAAAGCUCUGACGUGAAUGACAAACAUAUAAUUUAUCUAUUUUCGAAGAAAAGUGCCUAAAAGAAAAAUAAGUGACACGUGAGUAGUCGUUAAUUUCUAUAAUAUUCUUAUUCGCUUAAUUAAUCGAUAAUAGGCUUGUAUACAUAAAUUUAUAUAUAUAUAAAUAGAAAUAAUAGAAGAAAACACGACUCGUCGAAAUAGUUUAGUUUAAAAUUCAUAUCAUAUGAAAAAAAAAAUAUAUAUUACUAUUAUUAUUAUAUAUAUAGCAGUUUCUUUUUUUUAUUUUUUAAUUUUUUUUUUUGACGAUUUUCAAAAAUAACCGUUAAAGACGAAAUUGUUCAUUGGUGAACAUUGAGAAAGCAUUCUUUUCAAGAAGAUUUAAUUUUCUUAUUUUGCAUCUUUGAAUGCAGCGAACAAAACAAAGAGACUGCAGUCUUUUAGAGACUAUCGGCAGUAAACAGUUCUCUGCUGAAAGUAUAUAUAUAUAUAUAUAUAAAUAUACACUUAUAUAUAUAUUGCUCGAUAACACGAGUAUAAUAUUAUCAUAAUUAUUAUUUUUUAUUAUUAAAUAAUUAAUAUUAUUAUUAUUAUUAUUAAUAUUACUACUACACUAUUAUUAUCAUCAUAAUGAUUAAUAUUACUAUAUAAUUAUUAUUCGUAAUAAUAAUAACAAUAAUAAUUAUCAUUUGUAAUUAUACUUAAUAUUAUCAUUUGUAAUUAUUUGCCCGAAAAAAAUUAGGUACAUCGUUUAUUGUACUAUGCGUUAGGUAUCGCGUUGAGCUUAUUUAUUAUACGUUAUUAAAUAUUGCAAUGUACAUAAAUAAUGAAUUAUCGAUUAAUAGUAUAUAAUUUCAAAAAAAAAAAAAAAAAAAAAAAAAAAAAAAAAAUAGGCAAUAAUAUUAUUGUCGAUUGGUAAUUUUUUUGGUCUGAAGAAAGAAUUCCUUAAAAAAUAAAAAAAAAAAAAAACUCGAUGCGAUCGUCGAUUAUAAUGGGAGCCACUGAACUAUUUAAAUUUUUCGCUAUUUUUUGGAAUAAUUAUUUAAAAAUGAAAACUUUUUUUCUUAUUUUCUAAAAAAACAAAAUGUGAAAUAAACUGUUUUAGGAGUUAUAGUAAAUUGAAAAAGUGGCACUAUUUUUGUAUGUUAAAUAAGGAUGUAAAAAAAAAAUCGAAGCAUCUUGAAUUUUUUUUUUUUGGUUAUAGGCUAUAGACGGCUGUUUUGCGGGUGAUAGAUUUUUUUUUUUUUUUUUGUAAAUAGCUUAUUAUAAUGUUUAAAUAUAAUAAUUUCGUUGGGCCCGAGUGCGCGAAAAAUAAGAAAAAUAUAUAAAAAAAAUAAAAUAAUGAUUCUACUGUUGAGGAAUAUUAUAUAGGAAUAGGAAUCAUUUCAAAGUGAUAGAUAUUUGUUUUUCUCAAUCAAUAUUAUUAUGCUCAUUGAGCUCGAUAGUCCGAUAGUCGAUAAAUGUUUUUCAUUUAAAUUUCGUUGCUGUUUUACUAUUUUCUAAUAAUUACAGAAAAAUUUUAUCAAAAAAAAAAAAAAAAAAUAAGAAAUUUGUCAUAAAAUACAAAUUUUUUUAAAAUUAUAACUUUUUUACUUGCUUUUGAAUAUAUAAUCUAUUUUCUCAAAAAAAAAAUAUAUAUAUAUAUUUCUUCUAUAUUUAUACAUUUUUUGUCAAUAUUGAAGUAAACGUUUUUUCGAUUGAUUGCAAGAAAAAAAAACGUUUUGAUUGGUAUUUGAUUUGGACCAUGACAUUUUUGUUUUGUCCAUUUUUAUUUUUCAUUUUUUUUUUUUUUUUUUAAUUGUUCUUUUUUUCCCCCUAGGAAUACUGUUAAUCAAAUAAAUUUGCUACUUUUCGUGAUUGCUAAUAUACCUAGUAUAGGUAGAAAUUUCAUUCUUGUAAAUAACGGUAAAUUUUAUAAUGAAUUUGCGAACAUUAUCUUGAUUAAGACUUUGCACUUAAGAACGUUACGGAGUUUAUAAAGAAAGAAAGAAAGAAAGAAAGAGAGAGAGAGAAAAAAAAAGAAGAAAAAGAUGAAGAAAAUAUAAUAAAGGGCACUCAUGAUAAAUUUUGCUGAUACCUAAAAGGGAAAUGUUCACAUGACUCAUACGUUGAACUAUAAUAGUAUAUUAUACAUAUAUAUAUAAAUAUUUAAAAAUAGCGAAUGAAUUAUCAUGCAUAAGGUACUCGUUGAUACCUUAAUAUAAAUGCUCUAUUUUAUUAAGGAUAUUUUUUAUAUAUCUAUAUAUAUAUAUAUUAAAAAAAAAAAAAUGUAUAUUGAAUUAAAGUGAAAUUAUGCAGUCGCUUGAUAAUCAGAAAAAAAAAUUGUUGAAAAAAGAGUAUUAAUUUGUGACUAAAAGCUUUGAAGAUUUCAAAUGAUUUAGAAUAACGAUUCGUUACUCGAUUCACGAAUAUUGAUGAUAUAAAUUGAUAAUAUCACUUUUUUUGGCAUUUUUUUUUUUAUGUAAUACACAAAAUUAUUUUUCAAAUUUGCUUUACAAUUUUGAAAUUGCUGGUUUUUUUUAUAGUAACAGCUUCAUUAUCUUCUUAUUCAUUUAGACUUUAAAUAGAAAUUUUUUUUAUAUAUCAAAAAUAAAUUUUCAAUAAAGUUUUGAGAAUUUUGAAAUAAUAUCCUAGUGGAAAUAUAUAUAAUAAUUGUUGAUAGUGAAUCAUCAAAGAAUGAAGUUGAUAUUAUCAAUUUAUAUUAUAUUAUAUCUUUAGUUGUAAUGACGAUGAUGACAUUGUUCGUCACUGUACUCGCAUUUUUUAUUUUAUUUUUUUUUUUUUGUAUAAUGCAUCGUCAUGACGCGUGGAUUGUAGAGGACGCGUAAGUAGUUACAGCGUGGCAGUAGUUUUGACCUGGGUAUAAUAUCUGUCUGAUCAGUCUGUGUUUGACGGUCUCUUACUACUGCGAAGCGAGGCUCAUUGUAACAAAGCGUUAAUCGAAGCGAGACGCCGACGCCCGACCUUCUCAAGCUACUAAAAGUAUAUACCUGUUUUUACCUGAAUGCUUUCUAGAAUCCAGAUUAAUGCGCCUUGCCGCUCCUUGGAAUCCUGGCGAAAUAAUCUAACUUAACAAGGGGUAGCGCGCAAACAUUUUAAAUAUUAUACGUUUAAAAUCGUUAAAUCAGCUCAAAAAAUUUGAGUUUUUUUUUUCCUUUUUGAUUUCAAUUAAUUAAUUUUUUUUUUUUUUUUUUCAUGAAAAUAGUUCUUUUUUUUCAAUUUUUAAAUUCUGAUUAUAAUAUAAUUAUUAAUAGGUUUAGUCUAGAAAAAAUUGUCUAGUUCGAUUAUUUUUAAUUUUAAGACAAAAAUUUUUUUCAGUUGUCAAGAAAAAAAAAAGUCAAAAAUGAUUAAAAAUCUUUAUCCAUUUUUUAAUAGAACAAAAUUAUAAAUUAAAUUUGAAUUUAACUUUCAUAAGUUAAAUUUUAUAAAAAUAAUCCAAAUCUAAAUGAUUUUUUCUAUAAUAAACCAUAACUUUUAUAAUUGGAUUAAAAAUAGAACGACGUACGAGAUUUUGUUUAAGAAAAAAAAAAAAUAUUUUUGAAUUUUUAAAUUUAGUUAUUGAAUUUUGGAAUAUUUAAAUUAGUUAAAUUUAAAUUAAAGUAUAUUUACGAGAAAUAUUUUUUGAUUUAAAUAUUUGAAAAAGUUACCUUUAGAAAAUAUGUACAUUAAAUUUGAAUUUAUGUGAUAAAAUUUUUGAAUUGGAAGGAAUAUAUUUACUCGAUAAAUGAUAAAUGGUCAAAUGAGAAUGAUUUUCGUUAAAGCCAAUAAUUUUAAAUAUAAAAAGAAAAACAAAAAAAAAAAAAAAAACAUUUAUUUUUUAAAUGGAAUGAAGAAAUUUGUAAAUAUAAAAAUUUAAAUAAUUAGCAUUUCGACUUAGUAUAUACCUGAAUUAUUUUUAAAUACAAUUAUCAAAAAAAGAAUGGGAAAAAAAUUUAAAAAAUAUUUGCAAAUUUUUAAAAAUAGGAAACUUGACAUAUACUAUUACAUCUUUUAAUUUUUAAAAUGUUGAUUCAUAAAUUAUCUUAUUUUAUUCUAUGUAGAUUUUCAUGUUAAAAUUAAUGAAGACAUAAUUUAAAAAAAAUUAAGUUUUUCAAAUUUUUUGAACUGACGAAAUAUUUUUUCCCCUAUUUUUUCUUUUUUAUUUUUGAAGAUAUUAAAAUGUUUUCAAUUAAGUUCAAAUGUAUAAAAAUUUAUUGGAAAAUCAUUGAGAUUUUCAUUAUUAAAAAAGAAAUGAUUAUCUUGUUUUUUAUUGUUAAUUAACUUUAAAUUAUCAUCAAUUUGUUUUAUUGGUGAAAUUGUAUUUUUUUAUAUCGAUUAUUUGAGGGAAAAAUAAUCCUGAGAAGGACUUUUGUCGACGUUUAGCUACGAUGUAAAAUUUUCAAAUUGAAUACUGUAAAAAAAAAAGAAAAGAAGCGUUAAUAAAUUUGAGAAAUUUGUGCUCAAUUAAGCAAUAAGGACAGAAUAUGAAUUAAAAAAAAAAAUAUUGUUGUCGUCAGAUUUGUUAAAUCUACGCGAUGAUAGUUAUUCUCGAAAGCAGUUGCGAUGGCUAUUUUUGAUUUGGUGUCGGUGAUUUCAGUGUAAAAAUAACAUUAUAUCGCGUGUUAAAUUGUCGUUAAGCGUUUGAAAAAUUUGGCCAGUAAAAACGUUUCAACCCUAUUUUAUUUUGUAUAUGAUAAAAUUCAUAUCUGAAAUGCUUUAAUUUUUCCCACGGAAACAAAGAAUAAAAAAAGUUGAACGUAAAAUAACUUUUUUUUCGGUUUUUCGUUAUUAAACUAAAGUAGUUUACUUUUAUUUUUAAGAUAAUUUUAUCAAUGUAGAAAAUCAAAUUGAAUAUAUGGUAUACUUUUGAAUUUUUUAAUUCUAAAGAGCCAUGAAAAUCGAUUAAUUUUUUUUUUUUUAUUGACAACUUGUUAUUUUGGUCUCUUCUUUUUUUUUUUGUAAAAUAGUUUUUUUUUCCUUUUUUUGAGAAAUACUUUAUUUGUGACUAUAAAUGACAGUUUUUUUUCAUACUUGUCCCCCGUAUGAAAUAUAUAAAUAUGUGUAUAUUUUUUAAUAAUAAUUUUGUAAAUAUAUUAUUUGUAAAAAGUAAAUUCAUCUCAUCAUUAUAUGUUGAUGAUUGAAAAUUGUAGCUCUUGUUUUUUCAAUCGAGAGUAACUUUCAGCGUGUUCAGAUGACCGUGUUUUAUUCGAUUGAAAUUAAGGGCUGUGUAUUGAUUUUUAUUAAUCAAUAAUAAUCAAAUCAUCUAAUUUUAUAAUUUAUUUUUAAUGAAAGAUUAAUGAAAAUAUCGUUUCCGAUUAAAAAAUUUUAGAUAUCAUCAGAUCUUUUUUUCAAAUUAGGUUUCUUGAUAUGAUAAUUAUGAUUAUUUAAUAUUCAAGAUUUAAAUAAUCAUAUUAUUAUUAUUAUAAUUAUUAUUUUUUGAAAUUAUUUAAUCAACAUUUAUGUAUUUAAGAUAAUUUUAUUAUUAUAUAUAAAUUAUUCAACGAAAAUUAUCAUUUUAAUUAGAAAUGAAUGAAAAUGAAAUUAAAAUGAAAAAAAAACGAAUUAAAAAUGAAAAAACUAAAAACAAUUCUUUUAUCAUAAGAAAUGAAUUUUUUUUUAUCUUAUGUAAAAAAAAGAUCUGGUGAAUUUAAGUUGAUUAUCUUCAGAGAUCUAAUCGUGUUCAAAUUUCGACUGGGAAAGAAGAAGAAAGAGAUUAUAAAAAAAAAACGAUGUGCAGGAAAAAUAAGCGGGAACUGAGUUUAAGUUUAAAGAAUUCUAUUUUCUGAUAACAAAAGAUAUAAUACGUGUUCAGACGAGGCGAUAAGCUUAUUAAAUAUUAACAUUUAAAAGUCUUUUUUCCAAAGUUUAAUUUCUUUAGUAAAAAUGAGAAAAGAAAUAUUUCUGAAUUAAUUUCCCAAUUUUCUAUUUUAGCGUCAAUUAUAAUAACAAUUAUCUAGUUCAAUAUAAUAGGGGACCAUUUACAAAUUUAUUUAAAGUCAAUAAAUUUUGGAAUCAAGACUUGAGAAAAAUGUGAGGAAAAAUAAUUCAGAAAUAAAGAAUGUUCAAUUAAAUGUAUAAUCGAAGUAAUUAAGAAAUUAGAAUUUACUAAAAAAAAAAAUUAAAUUCAACUAUAAAUGUUAACAAGUUAUUGGAUUUUGCAUUUAGAAUAUAUAAAAAUGUAUCUCUUAUAUAUUUUUUUACAAAAUGAAAAAUCACGUAUCAAACAACGUAAAAUAUUUAUCGAUUGUAUAUAUAAGCCUUUGGUUAUUUUUUCUGGCCUCUGGCAUAUAUUAUAAUAUUCGUCGAAUGAAUUUGAUUGAGAAAAUUUUAUUUUCAUAGAAAUUUGGAUAGAACUAUUUCGAUUAUUUAUAAAUAUAUACAUAUAUAAUUUUAUAUUAAACUCAAGAACUCUUUUUAUUUUCUUCAGCAACAAUUUUUGUAAACCAUAAACUUUUAAUAUAUUUGGUAUCAAUUCUAGAUGAAAUGUUGAGUUAACUCGAAAAGGAUUGAUAUAUACAAGCGAAAAGAAAAGAGACACAAUCGUCGAUAUUUUUACGAAUAAUAAAUGUGACGGUUUUUCGAUAAAAAGCUUGUGUCGUAUACGAAAUGGAGAAGAAAAAAAGAAUGACAAUUUUGAACAUUUUUUUUUGUUUUACCAGAUAUGAGAUCCAUUUUGUAAAGGGAUUUAAUAAUUCUUAAUUGAAUGUUACGAGAAUUAAGGAAAAAUAAAUUAAAUAAAUAUUUCUUUUCUCAUUUACGAAAUGGAACUCAAAUUAUUGUGCUCAGUUCUUUUUUUCGUCUCAGAGUAUCCUUUUUAUAUCAAUAAGAAAAGAAAAAGAACUAUUUUUUUUUUUUUUUUUAUUGUCUAUUAUGCGAAUAGGUGCUCUCUGAACGAAUCUCGUAUUUCACAAUUAAAGAAUCGAUUAUUAAUACCAAUUGAAAAAAUUGCGGAUAAAUAAUAAAAAGAAAUAAAUACAUACAUUCGUUUAUAGAGCGUUGUCAAUAAUUAUUAUUUGCUCUCGAAGAAUCCUAUACGCGUUGUGUUAAUAAGUGCCUAUAAAAUUUUUGAUAAACUAAAAGAAAAAAAAUCGUUCAUCGAUAAUACGAUUUGCGAAUGUUUAUCAUGAUAAGAAAUGCAACCAUUUUGUGAAAUAAUGUUUUUUUUUGAGGGGGAUGGAGAAUAAGUAUUCUGAUGGAUUCUCUCAGAGCAUGGAAAAUGAUAUAUAUAUAUAUAUUUGUGUGUGUCAUGUGAUCAGGCACGUAUGUUUUUUUUUCUUUUUUUUUU